AUGUGGGUCCAAGCAAUUUUCUCAUUGGAUCAAUCUCCCACCGAGGGUCAUUUGUCCAACUGCUGCGUAAUCUACUGCAGAAACACCACCUUUAAAAAACUUCCCGCCAACCCUCAUCCACUCAGUCCACAAAAGUCUCUCUCCCACUCACCACUCAACCGCAACAAUGGGCAUCCCCAUCGCCACGAUAACCACCUUCCGGACCGCCUACAACCCCUUCUCCCGCGCUGCCCGGCCAUGCCGCCUCUUCCUAGGCAUGCUGCGCACACCAGACACUAUCCCAACCAGCAGCCCGACGCACAUUGA